AACAAUUCUACCUGUCACUCUGAUAAGCUGGAGAUAAGAUAACGGCAUGAUUGAAAACUACACAUUUCCAAAACAAUACAACUAGAUUGAUGAAUAAUUCGUUUCGUACAAUGAAAGAAAAAUGAAUCUUUAUGUGCAAUUUUUUGCUGUGCUUUGUUUAUUUAAUUCAGUUUCCAGCCAAAACGCUAGUAUAGAAUUAACAGACACGAAAAGUACCUAUUCCUGGAAACCCACAGAUGCAACAUCUAUCCAGGUUUCAGCGGAAGACGGCUACCAAAUUCAAGUAGACGCCCUUAAAGUGGACAUAGACGGAGAAAAUGGAGAUUAUAUUGAAAUCAAAAGCGCCACUGAAGAUACCAAUUUAACUUUAAUAUUCACCUACACAGUUAGUGGAAAACCUAGCUACCUAUACAAUACCAACAAAAUCGAAGCUAAUUAUGUUGCCAGCAAUAAAUCUAAUAGUUUUCUAAUACAAUUCACUAGAGUGGGAGAAAUUGCAACUACCACUCCAGAACCGUCUUCGACGACUACAACUCCUGCAAUGCCUACCGCCUCUCCAGAAGAGUCCCCCUCGUUAACUGUAUAUAUUCAUGGCAAAGCUGCAGCCGAUUUUCGAGCAGAUGAAAUAGAUAAAUUACGUGGUUCUAUAGCUGACAUGGGCCAGAAAUAUUGUGCGGAUCAAAACUGUCCUUUAAACGAGUCUAUUACGACAAAUAAUGUAAAAAUCAAUAGUUUGAGGCAAUGUCCCUUAUUUUGGAACAACUACGAGAGCUGCAUAAAUCUUACUUUCGCAUUGCCAAUAGUGAAAAUGGAAAAUGUUAAAACAGACUCUUUGUGGGAUGGUUAUCAACUAAACGAGGCAAAUUUGAAAUUGAUGUGGGAAAACUAUGCCCGAGAAGGUCUAGAAACCAUAAGUUUGGAUUUGUACUCGCAGCCAAACGUUGAAUCCAUAUUUAAUGUCCGAUUAAUCGUUAUUGGUAUAGUUGUUGUGGUUUUAGUGAUAAUUGUUUUGAUUUUUGGACGAUUUGUGGGGAAAUUGACUAAAAGACGCAGGAAAUUGAGUGAUACAGUUUCAAUUAUUGAUCGUCAGGUCGCAAGCAGGACCAGUCAGCUAUCAUUGACUCCUCACUAUUUACAAGAACUACCUCCGCUGUUCAGUAACGAUUUUCUUUUACAUCCUGAUCAAAGGAGUCACAAUAAACUUUUUACUGGUGGAUACACUAACGAUUCUUCUACAUCGGGGCCUAGCAAUCUGAUUAAUUUAUCCACCAAACAAGAUGCUGAUGAUUUAUUUGAAGAUACGAAUGCAUAAAUUAGAUGAUAGAAAAUAUAUUUUAUUAGGGUGUGUUGCUUUGUUGCUUGUUCAUUAUUUUCAACUAGGAUUUGGACAUGGAUAUGUGGAUGUCUAAGGCGUUGUUGUAGAUGUAGACUGUUUUCUUUAAUUAUUGCUCCUUAUCAAAGGAAAUUAGUUUUGUUAUAUUUUUAUUGUGGACUAACGUUUAAAAAUGUAAGGUACCAAAUAUUAUGAAAAUUUUAAGCUACAAAAAUGUAUUUUCAACCAAUUUCUAGCAAUAGUAAUUAUGUAUUCCUGAAACUCAUUUCCUGUAAGCCUACGUACAUUUCAAUUGUAUCUAAAAUUUCAAUAAUAAAGCUAGAAGUAGGUAUAAUACCUUAGAAUGAAUAUAAUAUAAUGUAUUUAGAAGGUUCGUCACCUCAGAAUCAUGUAUAGAAGGCCAAUGAUUCAUAAAAAAUAUACAUUUUUGUAAAUA